AUGUUUAGUUUUCUCUGCAAGACUUUACUUCGCUAUCAUGGUAGAGAUGCUUAUUUCUGUAAUCAUAACAAAUUUCAAGAUUUAGUGUGUCCAGUAUUUGUCAAACAUAUAGCAACCAACUCAAAAAAACAGUCUUUUACAGUCUCAUACCUCAUUAAUUCAUGUGGGUUGUCUCCAGAAUCUGCUUCAAGGGCAUCCGAAAAAGUGCAAUUCGAAACAUCAUUAAAACCAAACUUAGUGCUCACCUGUUUCAAGAAAAAUGGCUUCUCAGAAACCCAAAUUUCAGAUCUCAUUAAAAAAUGCCCAACAAUGCUUUUGUACAGUCCUGAGAAAAUCCUUUCGCCCAAACUUGAGUUUUUUCAUUCUAUAGGCUUUGCAAGUGCUGAUCUUGCAAAAAUAAUUUGUUGCUACCCUCGUAUCUUGCAAAGUAGCUUAAAGAACCGCCUAAUCCCAUGCUUUAUUUACCUUAGCGACUUGCUUCAAUCUACUGAAAAGACUGUUACAGUAGUUAAACGCUAUCCAGCUAUUAUUUAUCAUGAUCUUCAAAAUCUUCUUCCUCCUACAGUCAAUUAUUUGCGAGACACUGGCGUGCCUGAGCCAAAAAUUAUCAUGUUUCUUUACAACUGGCCUAUGACUCUUAUAUACUACCCUGGUUUGAAAGAGGCUGUGGACUUUAAGUUUGAUCUUUACAAGAGGUGUGGUUGGUUUGAAGAAGAGAUUCUAACAGCAUAUCGGAAACACCCUUGGUGUAUGAUGAAAUCUGAGAAUAAGAUUAUGGCAGUGAUGGACUUUUUUGUGAAGAAAAUGGGUUGGGAGCCUUCUGCCAUUGCUGAGCGGUCAAUCCUUUUUUCAUUGAGCAUGGAGAAGAGAAUUAUUCCUCGGGCUUCAUUUCUUCAGUAUCUGUUGGCCAAAGGUUUGCUUGAGAAUAAAGUUCUCUCUGCUACACCAUAGAAGCUAUGUGAAAAGCCCCUCUUGCAGAAGUUUGUGAAUUGUUAUGAUGAAGCUCCCCUGAUGCUAAAGCUGUAUAAUGAAAAGCUGG